AUCUUCAUUCAUUCCCACUCUUGCGAUAAUUUCUACUCUUUCCCAAUCAGAUUUCUGAUCCAAGCCCUAGUUCACAAUGGAAGCCCCAAUUUCCGUCGAAAACCCUAAAACCUCCGAAGACCCAGAAACCUCCGAUUCCACAUUGCAAGUCGUCGACGACGGUGCCGUCGUCGUCGCCGGAGCCGGAGCCGGAGCCGACUCGAUCCUCGACGUCUCCGGCCAAAGCCUGGACUUCCCGAUCGGCGAGAACUCCGGCGACGACGUCGGGGAUCUAUACCUCUACAAAAAUGUGUACAAUUUACUGCCUAAAUCCAUCGCCGGACUAAAAGGCUUGAAGACGCUGAAGUUCUUCAGCAACGAGAUCAAUCUGUUCUCGUCGCCGGAGAUCGGCGACAUGGCAAGGCUAGAAUGCAUGAGGAUCUCGUCGCCGGAGUUCGACGGUUUGCCGCUGCACAAAUUCAAAGCGCUGAAGGAGCUGGAGCUCUCCAAGGUCACAUCUCGGUGCUCGGCGGUUCCGAUUUUGAGCCAGAUCGCCGGACUCAAGCUCCUCACGAAGCUAUCGGUAUGUUAUUUCUCUAUAACUUUCCUUCCUCCGGAGAUUUGCUGCUUAAAGAGUUUGGAGCAUCUGGAUCUUUCGUUCAACAAGAUGAAGACUUUGCCGGGAGAAAUUGGCAAUUUGAAUGCUCUGGUGUCGUUGAGAGUUGCCAAUAAUAAAUUGGAGGAAUUGCCUGAGGGUUUGUCCAGAUUAGCUAGGCUGGAGAACCUGGACUUGUCGCAUAAUAGGCUGACGUCAUUGGGGGUUGUUGAUUUUGGGUUGAUGCUGAGCCUCCAGAAUUUGAAUCUCAAGUACAAUAGGCUUUCGAGUGAGUGUGUAGUGCCUUCGUGGAUAUGCUGCGAUUUGGAUGGGAAUGGAAAUGAUGUGUCUGGCAGUUCUUCAGUCGAGUUGGAUUGCUCAGCGAAUGUAAUUAGUGUGUCUAGUAAAUCGAGAAGUAGGUUUCUAGCAAGUUGGAGGUCGGAUGGGAGGAAGUGUUAUUUUCGGUGGAGAGCUCCAGGAUGCGUAAAUAAAGGCAGGAUGCCCAUGCCGAUGCGUGUGGAGGAAGAUGGAGAAAGUAAAACAGAAAAUGUAGAUGUUACUGAUUCUGCAGUAGAUGAGGAUGAGGAUGAAGGUUUAGUAUCUCGAGAAGCUGAAAUUUGUUCGAUUGUUAUCUCUACUGCAGUAGAUGAAGGUGAUAAAAAAGAUUGUGAGGUUGAAGUAUCCUCAAACAGUCAAGAGGUUGCUUGUGAGCAAGAUGAAGCAUUAUGGUCAGAAAUGUUAAAAGCCACUUCCGGAUCCAAGAGGAAGGAGCAUGUUGGGGAUCUCAAGAAGCCGAAUUGCAAGAAUCCAAAAUCUGGUGGGAUUAGUGGUAUAUCUAGUUAUGAUAUUUCACUAGAUCAAGGUGAUAAAAACAAUUACGAGAAUGAAGUAUCCUCCUCAGCCAGUCAAGAGGUUGUCGGUGAGAAAGAUGAAGAAGCAUCAUGUUUAGAAAAAUCAGAAACUACUUUGGGAUCCAAGAGGAAGAAUUCAAAUGGUGAUGAGGAUGUUAAGCAGCCAGAUUGUGAGAAUGGUGAUGGGGAUGUUAAGCAGCCAGACUGCAAGAAUGGUGAUGGGGAUGUUAAGCAGCCAGACUGCAAGAAUGGUGAUGGGGAUGUUAAGCAGCCAGACUGCAAGAAUGUUGUUGGGGAUAAUAAGCAGCACAAGAGAUUACGUCUUGAUCAAGUACAUAGUCAUGAUUGUUCAAAUUUAUCUCAAAAAUUUAGUGAUACGUCUUUUUGCAGUAUUGAGGACAGUCUUCAAGAUGGCUUUUAUGAUGCGGGACGUGAUAGGCCGUUCAUGCCACUGGAGAGUUAUGAUGAAAAUUUCCCUCUUGACUCACGUGAAGUUAUUUUCUUGGACAGCGGAAAGGAUGAUGAGUUGGAUGGAAUUUUUCAGUCUGCCAGAGAUGUGGUUCACCGUUUGAAUGAGUUAAAUGAUAAUCGCACUGAUGAGCGACAGAUUGCAAUGUUUCUUGCUCUCUUUGUGUCAGAUCAUUUUGGAGGGAGUGAUAGGGUUGCUGGUGUUGAACGGAGACGCAAAGGUGGUCCUGACGCAAAUGUCAGGAAGCCUUUUGUAUGCACCUGCUCAACUAGAAACGGUGAACCUAUUAAUUUAUCCACCAAACCAUACUUGCAGACGGUUGAAGAUAAUGCUUUUGUUGAUAUCUCUGAGAAAUCUCUCCGCUCUAUUAAAGCAAGACAUAAAUCUAUCCUAGUUCCUAUAGGAACUGUGCAGUAUGGUGUUUGCAGACAUAGAGCAUUGCUAUUGAAGUAUCUAUGUGAUCGGAUGGAGCCUCGAGUACCUUGUGAGCUUGUUAGGGGAUACCUGGAUUUCAUGCCCCAUGCUUGGAAUAUUAUACCAGUCAAGAAAGUUGACUCAACUGAGACUCGUUGGAUAGUUGAUGCAUGUCGUCCAAAUGACAUGAGAAAGGAAACAGAUCCUGAAUAUUAUUGUAGGUAUAUUCCUAUGACACGGAUCAAAGUUCCUCCUUCUGGAAGCAACUUUGGUUGUUCUUUGCCACAUUCUUUGCCCUCUUUUGAUGGAACUCUGAACAAAUCUGGCAGUUCUCUCAUUCAGUGCAAAUAUGGAUCAGUUGAGUUAGCAGCAAAAAUGCGUACUUUGGAGGUAGAUGGGACUUCAGGGGAUGAUGUUAGGAAGUUCGAGUACAACUGCUUAGGGGAAGUAAGAAUGUUAAGUGCUUUGCACCACCCCUGCAUAGUAGAGUUGUAUGGACAUCAGAUAUCAUCCAAGUGGGCUCCUUCAGUGAAUGGCACUCCUGGCUCCCGUACUUUGCAAUCAGCAAUUUUCAUGGAGUACAUAAAUGGGGGUUCCUUAAAGAGUUACAUAGAAAAGCUAUCAAAAGCUGGUGAGAAGCAUGUCCCUGUGCAUUUAGCUGUUUGCAUUGCUAAAAAUGUUGCUUCUGCACUGGUGGAGCUGCAUUCAAAGAAUAUCAUUCAUCGAGACAUCAAAAGUGAGAACAUUUUGAUUGAUUUGAAUAGCAAGACAGCUGAUGGGACCCCUGUUGUGAAGCUCUGUGAUUUUGAUAGAGCGGUGCCUCUUCAGUCGUACUUGCAUUCCUGCCUUGUCGCUCAUGUAGGAAUACCUCCUCCUAAUGUUUGCGUUGGAACACCUCGCUGGAUGGCUCCAGAGGUUCUGAGAACAAUGCAUGAGCAAAAUAUUUAUGGACUGGAAGUUGACAUCUGGUCAUUUGGAUGCCUUCUUUCCGAAUUGUUGACUUUGCAACUUCCUUACUCCGGAGUAGCUGAUUUGGAGAUACAUGACCUUAUUGUGACAGGACAACGACCUAAGUUAACGGAUGAGUUGGAGGCGCUUCUGCUAUUUAUGGAGGAGCCAGUGGCUCGAUCAGCUGGAGAGCUUGGGGGAACAGAGGCUGACUUAGACACACUAACAUUUCUUGCUGACUUGUUCUGCAAAUGUACUGAGGAGAAUCCGCACAGUCGUCCAACAGCUGAGAACAUCUACAAAUUGUUGCUCGAACACAGCAUGCAGCUUACAAACUCUAGUUAGAAUUACUAGGUUAAAGUUAGGUACUUCCACUUCAAAUUUUGUAAUCCUAAUGAUGGUUCAUUGUUACAAUAAUGUUAGUUUAUUUACCUUGAACCCAAGGUUUGGGUUUGUCCAAGUUUCUGUG